CGUCUCCUGUCGCGCGUUGGUGCUUUGCAAAGGGGAGUGGGGUAGGUUUCUUCGGAGCCGCCGGCCUCGAGAGUGUGGGGAGGGGUAGACCCCUUCGCCUGUUCCGGGCACCUCGCCGGUAGACCUCCCUCAUCAUGAUUAAAGCCAUCCUCAUUUUCAACAACCACGGCAAGCCGCGGCUUUCCAAGUUCUACCAGCGCUACAGUGAAGAUAUUCAGCAACAAAUUAUCCGAGAAACUUUUCAUUUAGUAUCAAAACGUGAUGAAAAUGUUUGUAACUUCCUAGAAGGAGGCUUAUUAAUAGGUGGCUCUGACAACAAAUUGAUAUAUCGACAUUAUGCCACAUUGUACUUUGUCUUCUGCGUUGAUUCUUCAGAAAGCGAACUUGGAAUUUUAGAUCUAAUACAAGUGUUCGUAGAAACAUUAGACAAAUGUUUUGAGAAUGUCUGCGAACUGGAUUUAAUUUUCCACGUAGACAAGGUCCAUAACAUCCUAGCUGAAAUGGUGAUGGGUGGAAUGGUUUUGGAAACCAAUAUGAAUGAAAUUGUCACCCAAAUUGAUGCUCAAAAUAAGCUGGAAAAAUCUGAGGCUGGUUUAGCAGGAGCCCCAGCUCGGGCUGUGUCAGCUGUAAAGAAUAUGAAUCUUCCAGAGAUCCCAAGAAAUAUUAAUAUUGGUGACAUCAGUAUAAAAGUGCCAAACCUGCCCUCUUUUAAAUAAAUUAUGCACUCCAGGUAAAAGUUAAACUAGAAGUUAAUCACAUGUUUCCCAAACCACUGUUGUGUUGUUUGAAUCAAAGGUCAAGGUACUCUAUAGAACUCCUUUAUCAACUGUGUAAAAUUAUUGGUUUUGCUUAGUGAAUUUAAAAUAAGUUGGUAAUUUGUGAUUUCUAAGCAACAUUCCUGUGUACUUCUAAAGCAUAUCACAUCUAAAAUUAGCAUGCAGUUUUCUGGAAAAGUAAUUAAGAAUAUUUCUUUAUUUUGUAUAAUAUGUUAUCUGUAUAAACUAACCUCUGUAAUUAGUGCAGCAUCCUGAUCAUAUUUUUCAGGUUAUUUAAGAACCUGAUGAAUAUAUGUAUAUAUUGUAUGACAACAUUCAGCUAUACUUUUCUUGCAUUUUUAAUAAAGUUAUAAUGAACUAGAUUUGAGAAGCAUUUAUUUGAUACCAAUAUUAGCAAUAAUUCACUUUCCCAUUAAUAGAUGUGCCCUUGUUUUAACCAGGAUUAUGCAUUUGUUUUUAAGCAUAGUCACACUCCUGUGCCAGCUUAACCACUUUCUGAACCAAGAAUGGCUGUUCUGCAUAUCUGUCUGUGUAGCCUUGCAUAAUUCAUUCUGCUUCAUUCAAAGAUGGACAAAGAACUCUGCAUGACAACAAAACACUACUGGAAAUCCCUCUGCAUGAGUGUUGCCUCUGUCCUUUCCUUUCAACAUCUUAUCUGAUUCUCAGGUCUUCUGUAGUGGUGCUCUAGAAAGCUGAGAAGCACCUCUUCAGGAAAAAAUUGCAGAGCAGUAGAGUUGCUUAAGUGCAACACAUUAAAUAGCCUUUCUAGCAAUUUUAGCCUAAGCAUGUUCUUAAAUGGAAGUAAGUUCUUUACUUACAAUAUUGCAACAGGAAUGUUCUUUUCAAUACUAGGAACUGGUUUAGUUCACUGGCAACGAACAAUAUUUUGGAUGAAACAAUGUUCUGCUCCUCUUGUGUACAAAAGGCAUUGUUUUAAGUUGGAUUUAUCAUCAGUAAUUGUUUCUGCAAGCAAGCUUUCCACCAUUAUGGAAUACUUUUGAAAUGGCUACAGUAUGCUUUGUUGAAGUUCUGUGUGUACUAUUUAUGUUGAUUUUGGCCAGUUACUGGACCUUCAUUUGAAGUUCAAAUAAACUUUUCCUACUCCACCUUA